AUGAGUAUGCCUGCUGCGACCAGUGAUACCAGCGGCAUCCUGGCCGCGGGAAUAACGCUGUCCGUGUUCACCACCGGCAUCGUCACCGUGCGUCUCGCAGCCAACCUGCACCAGACCGGGAAGCUCCAAGCAGAUGACUCCGAAGGCGAAGGCUUCGCCGAUUUAGACCCACGCCCGGCCAUCCGUCGCGUCGCUCAGUAUGCCGAAGCUGGCAUCUUCCUCUCUGGCUUCUCUCUAUGGACGGCGAAGCUACCGGUACUCGUGCUCCUAGCACGCAUAUUCGGAAUAUAUCGCGGCGUCCGCAUCUCGUCCAUCAUCACCGCCAUUGUCCUGGGCAUGGCCGUCAUCGGGGCCGAUAUUUACAACGCCGUCAUCUGCUGGCCGCCCUCGAUCGAUGACGACCCGGCCGUCUUCCUGGGCUAUGUAGCUAAGUGCACCGAGGCCAGUUCCUUGACGGGGGUCAUCCUGGCCCCUAUUGGACUCGCUGCCGAUAUCAUCAUUUUUAUUCUGCCCAUCCCAGUCAUCCUCAGACUGCAACUCUCGACGGAGAAGAAAAUCGGCCUGGUGGUUGUGUUCUUGUUCGGUCUUGUGGCCAUUGCGGGCACCGCCGUCGCCAUGAAAUUCAAAAUCGAUUCCAGGUCGGGCCAUGCCACGGAUGUUCAGGUUGCUAUGAUCUUGACCCUCCUCGAGACCACCAUCGUCAUCGCCGCUGGUUGCGUCCCUGCCGUGAAGGCCUUCUGGGCCGGCUUCAUCAUCGGAUCCGGCUGGUACUCGCGCCUCACUUCUCUGCUCUCCACCUCUGGCCGCAACACCAGCCGUGGCACAGGGAGGUCUACAAAGCAAUCCCAGGACUCGCUUCAGAGGGAUGGAAGCAGCACCGAGAACUUCAAUGACUACUACCAGCUCGAGGAGCAGAAUUCCGUGGGGAAGUGGCCGCAUGCCGUAGCGCAUCCAUAUCAUGUGGGAGUUUCUGGCGGCCAGCCACCUCGAUAUUGA